UUGUAUCAAUCCCUCUCUUCUUCCAGAACUCUGUUGGUGUUGCUGCCGUUCUCGCUCCUCUUCACUUCCCUUCAUCCUGUUCCUCACCAACAAUGGCGGACAAGGCAGUCACCAUUCGGACCAGAAAGUUCAUGACUAACAGGCUUCUCUCUAGGAAGCAGUUCAUCAUUGAUGUUCUUCACCCAGGAAGGCCGAACGUCUCCAAGGCAGAGCUGAAGGAAAAGCUUGGAAGAAUAUAUGACGUGAAGGAUGCAAAUGCGAUUUUUGUAUUCAAGUUCCGUACACAUUUUGGAGGUGGAAAAUCAACUGGAUUCGGUUUGAUUUAUGAUUCUGUUGAAAGUGCCAAAAAGUACGAGCCUAAGUACAGACUCAUCAGGAAUGGACUCGACACUAAAGUAGAAAAAUCGAGGAAGCAAAUGAAGGAGAGGAAGAACAGAGCCAAGAAGAUUCGUGGAGUAAAGAAAACAAAGGCCUCAGACGCUGCCAAGGCUGGAAAGAAGAAAUGAGUCUACUGCUGGUUUUUUCUCUCUUUAAAUUAAAAUUAUUAAAAGUGGUGUUAGGAACUUUCUAAAUUGAAUCAAACGUCUGGAGAAUUGUUUGACACCAACGUUUAGCCAUUAAUUGCAAUUUUGGAGUGCUUUUUGCAGGGACCAAUUUUGACAUUAGUAACCAUAUAUUUUUAUUAGUGAAAAAAGUCUAGUAUAUUUGAUA